CCGUCUCUAAAGUUACAGACGACAUUGAUAUACACGUUUCUAACCACAAUAGCAUCUCAAGACCAUGACUUACAGUCACAAAAACAACGGGAAAGUGUUCCUGUAGAUGUCAGCUGUAACACUGGCCUUUCAGAUCAGGAGGUCAAGAGCUGCCAAUGCCAAGCUACCACUGCUGGGCCCUUGAGCGAGGCCCUUAACCCUCAACUGCUCAGCUGUAUAAAUGAGAUAAACGGAAGUCGCUCUGGACGGUUCGAUGACGAGCACUUCUUCGUCCGGAGACGAUCGGUGUUACGUGGGCGUGGACGCGGGCAGCGGCAGCGUUCGAGCUGCGCUGGUUUCCCGCGACGGCCGUGUUACAGCCGUGGCCGAGGAGCCCGUGCACAUCUGGCAGCCUCAGGCAGAUCAUUACGAACAAUCUUCCGACGACAUCUGGAGGAAAUGCUGCAGCACUGUGAAGAAAGUGACCGAAGGCAUCGCGAAGGAGCGAGUGCGAGGGAUCGGGUUCGAUGCCACGUGCUCGUUGGUGGUUCUGGACCAGAACUUUCAGCCUGUAGCUGUUAAUAAAGAUGGUGUCAAGGAGAGGAACGUGGUGAUGUGGAUGGACCACAGAGCGACGGAACAAGCGUCCCGCAUCACAGCCACUUCUCACCGAGUCCUGAGCGCCGUCGGCGGCGUGAUGUCUCCCGAGAUGCAGCCGCCCAAGUUACUGUGGCUGAAAGAGAACCUGAGGGAGCGCUGCUGGAAGGAAGCCGCACACUUCUUCGACCUGCCAGACUUUUUAUCCUGGAAGGCAACAGGUUCGCUGGUGAGAUCACUGUGCACGGUGGUGUGUAAGUGGACGUAUUCGCCGCCGGACGGCUGGGACGACAGUUUCUGGGCCGCCGUCGGUCUCCAGGACUUGAUGGAGAACAAUCAUUCAAAAAUGGGGGAGCGGACGUGUUGUCCCGGCAGCCCGCUCGGAGGAGGACUGACUCCGGAGGCAGCCGCAGAGUUGGGUCUGGAGCCGGGAACAGCUGUGGGAGCGUCUCUGAUCGAUGCCCACGCAGGAGGACUGGGCGUCAUCGGGGCGGAUGUAAGCGGCCAUCAGUUGCCGUGUGAAAAUCAGCCAAUCACGUCGCGCCUUGCUCUGAUCUGUGGAACAUCGUCCUGUCACAUGGCUGUGAGCCAGAAGCCUCUGUUUGUUCCAGGUGUGUGGGGUCCGUACCUGUCCGCCAUGGUACCGGAGCUGUGGCUUAACGAAGGCGGUCAGAGCGCUACGGGGAAACUGAUUGAUCACGUGGUGACGGGACACGCCGCUUUCUCUCAGUUAAAGGAGCGAGCGGAGAACAGUGGAGUGCAUAUUUACUCUUUCCUGAACGGCCACCUGGAGGAAAUGGCCAAAGACCUGAGGAACCCGGACGAACUGACCACCGGCCUGCACGUCUGGCCCGAUUUCCACAGCAACCGGUCUCCUCUCGCUGACCAGAGCCUAAAGGGCAUGGUUAUCGGACUGUCUCUGUCUCGGACGCUGGACGACUUGGCCCUGCUUUACCUCGCUACUCUACAGGCUACUGCUCUCGGCACCAGGCACAUCCUGGACGCGAUGAGGGACGCGGGACACGACAUCACGACCUUGUUCCUGUGUGGAGGGCUCAGUAAGAACGCUCUGUUCGUGCGCAUGCACGCCAACGUCACGGGUUUGCCAGUCGUCCUGGCCGCAGAGAGAGAGGCCGUAUUGGUCGGUGCUGCAGUUCUGGGGGCCUGCGCCUCGCGGGACUACACCUCCAUUCAGGAAGCCAUGGAGAAAAUGGCCAGAAUAGGAAAAGUGGUCCGACCGAACCUCGAGCUCGAGAGCUUUUACAGGAAGAAGUACGCCGUGUUCCUGCGGCUGUUCGCCCAUCAGAGAGAGUACGCGGCGCUGAUGAGCGACGGCCGCACCGACGCUGACGUGUUCACGCCUCUCAGGAAGUGAAAGUCUGGCCUGGUGAACACGCUGCUGCAGUUUCCUCUGUGGGCAUCGGAUCCGACGCUGCGCUGCUUCUACUGCUGCUCGUUUCGUCUCUCGAACACGAGCGUGUCGGCAGCAUGAAUUUAGAGCUCUUUAUCUAUUUAUAUAUAUAUAUAUAUAUAUAAAUAAACCAUGGUCCGAUUGA